UUUUUUUUUAUCUCCUCUCGGCUUCCGUAGGCAGAUUUUCGGACGGAAAAAAAAAAAAGUAAAAGUGGUGAAGGGCAGAAGAGAAGAGUGGGAAACGCCAGGGCCACCUCGAGCGGCGUCGAUUCCUCUCCGUUCUAUCUCCCACUUGGCUUCGGCCCCCGCCGGCGGCGCCAUGGCCUGUUUGCGGAGCGGCCUGAGGAGACUCGCGGGCCGGGGCCAAGCCGGGCUGGGCGUCUCCCAGGUAUCUUUUGCUACAGGACCCAGGCAGCAUGAUGCCACAUUCUAUGAAUUUCGCACUUAUGUUCUUAAACCAGCAAAGAUGAGUGAAUUCCUGGAAAACACAAAGAAAAACAUACACCUUCGCACAGCUCAUUCUGAGUUGGUUGGCUAUUGGAGCCUAGAGUUUGGAGGCCUGAAUAAAGUCUUUCACAUUUGGAAAUAUGAUAAUUUUGCUCAGCGAACGGCUGUUCGGAAAGCAUUAGCCAGUGAUAAAGAAUGGCAGGAAAAAUACAUCUCUCCCAAUAUGCCUUUUAUAGAGAAACAGGAAAAUGAAAUUACUUAUUUGGUGCCAUGGUGUAAAUUAGAGAAGCCUCCGAAAGAAGGAGUUUAUGAAUUGGUUACCUUUCAGAUGAAACCUGGAGGACCAGCUUUGUGGGGUGAAGCUUUUAAAAAAGCAAUUAAUGCCCAUGUCAAGACAGGCUACACCAAACUGAUUGGAGUGUUCCACACAGAAUAUGGAUUACUUAAUAGAGUUCACGUUCUUUGGUGGAAUGAGAAUCCAGACAGUCGUGCAGCCGGUAGACACUAUGCCCACGAGGAUGCCAGAGUAGUGGCAGCCGUGCGAGAAAGUGUCAGUUAUCUGGUGUCCCAGCAAAACAUGCUCCUGAUCCCUUCAUCUUUUUCACCUCUGAAGUAGUCUCUGAAGUCUGAAGACCCGUCUUUCAGCAUGGAAUGACAUGAAAUCAGAAAUGUCUAAUGAUCCUAGCACAGAGCACCCACAACUGCUUCUUUUUCUGCGAGUGAGUCAGUCCUGUCCCUUGUGUUGCUGAAGUUAAAACUUGAUUUUGGGAAAUUGUUCUGCCCGUUGUCCCCUCCCCAUUGACAAUUCAGGGCCUAGCAGAUUUGAUCAUUUUCUCGAGCUAAGCCCCCAGGCUACCAGUUUUAACCCCAGCUUGAUUCCUCUUGAAGAUCUUUUUCCCCUUGGUAAAUUCUCCUCAUUCGGGGGAGGGCUAGCCUCUCUUCUCCAGUCACAAUGUAAAAGUUGGCCUUCUAAUCGUACUGGUUUUCCUGUUGUCCGUUAAAGUUUGUUCUGUAAUGCCUGACGGAGCAUUAGGAUUAUGCCUGAAUUACAUCUGUGUGUAAAAGAAUAUUUGAAUAUUUACUGGGGAAAAAAUGCUGAAAUUGAACCAUUUAGAAAUGAGCUCACACAUAUGUGUGUCUCAUCAUAGACCAUUGCUUAGCAGAGAUGUUUGGGUUUACCUUUUUUUAGGUGCCUCAGAGGAAUGCAAUUUUGUUUAUAAAAAAUAAACCCUUGCUUAAUACAAA